UUUUGGCUCUGAGCAACGGCCGCGCUUCCAGACAGGGGAUGCACCGCGCGGCGCGUCGGCGGGCAGCUCCAGCGCUCGCGUCUGGCUGCUCGGCCUACGCGAGGUGGGUGUCCAGCGAGGAGAACCAUGCCGAUGUCCCAUCGCCACGGGGUCUGCCCGCUGCUUGCGUCGCAGGAGGUGCCAGAGAUGGCGGCCUCGGCGCGGCGGCCCGCCCUGCCGCGGCCGCGCGGGGGGGUCGCCCGCGCCGGCCCGAGCGAGGCCAGCCCGCACUCGAGAGAGCGCGCGGCCCGAACCUCGCGCGGGCUCGUCGAGGCGCAGUUCCCCCGAGGCGGCGGGGCCGACGGCGCUGGCGCGGCGUCGAGCGCAGCCGCGGGCGCGACGCAACGCCGCGCGCUCGCCGGCCCGCCGAGCCCCGGCUGCGCGGAGCGCGCCGGAGCUGACCAAGCUGAGCUACCUUCAGGCCGCCAGCCUCCGACCUCGGACCGAGCAGCUGCGCUGGGAGAGCCGGGGGAACUUCGCGGAUUGGGCGGAAGGGGCGCCGCCUGCCCCUCCACUAGAAGGAGCAAUCGCACUGAGGAUGCGAUCGGGGACUUCUUCGACUACCAGUACUUCGAGGGGUCGCACUGGAGCCUUGGGUCGCGUCUGGCGUUGGCGGCUUGCUUCUUCAACCCGCAGCGGGCCCGGCAGAAGCGGGCGCGCCGCGCGGCUGCCCGGCGCGCCCUGCGCGGCCGGUGCCUGAAGCGACUCGGCACGUCAAGGCUGCCGACGCCGCCGGGGGCGGCGCGUCUCCUGCGCCGCUGGCUGGCGCGCGAGGGGGGCGGGGGCAUGGCCGUGGCAGUGCCGGCGCGCGUGGUCUUCUACCUGAGGCCGAGCGAAGCUCUCGGCCCCCGCCGCUGCCAGCUGGCCCCGCCGCUUCGAGGCGCAGGCGCGCGCCGCUCGAGGUCGGCAAUGCCCCUGCGCCCGAUGGGGGCCCGGCCAGCCUUCGAAGGUAAACGGGUGGAACGACUCGCGGGCCCUGGACCUCUCAGCUCACGACUGCAGGAUCCCCGCGCUGCAGGCCCUGCGGCAGAAGGCGCGCCGCGCGGACAACCCACUCUUCAAUUUCACGCAUCAGCAGCGGCGGAACCAGCGCAGGUGAGGCGGGCUGGCGCUAGGACUUCAGGACCUCGGGCCGCGGACGCUGCGCGGGCAGCGGCACGCGGGGGCGAGCCUCGUCAUCGGCCUCGGACGCGGGAGCCCGCCGGGCGCGCAGCGCCGGGGCGGAUGGGCCCGACGAAGUUCGAUGCGGCGCUAUCAGAAAGCAGGCCGGCGGAAGGAGCAGUUCCAGUACGUGCCGCGCGGCGUUCAGCUCGCCGCGGCACGAUGUGCAUCAUCGACGUUGACAUCCGAUACGGGAAGCAAUGCGAUCUAACAUUGCCAAGUGCGCAGAGACUUGUACGAGAGUGGCUGCUGGGGUCGCAAGUUGUCGCAGCGCUGAUGGACACAAAAUGUUCAAGCGCGGACCACCCCGGCUUCGCAGCGAUCAGUUGCCCCAUGGACCUCCAGAUUUUUGUACAGGUGAUCAGGAACACGCUCGAGUCGGAAACGUGCUCAUGACUCUCUGCGUCCGUUCUGAGGUUUUGCUCUCGUCUGAUCGUUCCAAGUGCGCUGGGGGGCCCAGCGACCAGCUCUGGCUUCCGCCUGCCGCCUUGCACCUGUGCGGAUCAUUCGAACGUAUUUUUGUGGUUUGGGCGUGCCGUGGCGUGAGCGAGCGAAAAUCGUUAGCGUGCACGUUGAUAUGUCUAGGUGCUCUCGUCAGUGCACUGGCCGCGUCCUACGUAACUACAGUCACAAGCCCCAUGUUGAGCUGCUCAGAAAAAUUCGAUUGUGCUUUUCCAUAUGUUCAUAGCCGAACCUUAUCCCAGAGCUUUGUGUAAGGUUCUCGCCCAUAGCUUUAAAGAUGUCCUGCCCGCAUUCGAAAUAGGUGGAUACUGCGACUUUUGAUCAUUUGCCU